AUGAACAAUUCUAGUAUCUAUUCAAAACCAAAUGUUUUGGAUCAUGCGCCCUUCCUCGUCAAGAGAGACGUUUCUCGACCAGUCGAUGACCCUGCCGCUCUCAUCCUGGAGGCCUGGUCGCAGGGUCUAAUGACGGGUUCCCUAGUCAUCAUGGCCGCGAUCACCUAUGUAAACAUGCGAUCAGGCGUAUUUCUGCACAAGAUGAUCUUGUUAGAGUUGAUCUUAGCCAUGCCUCAUGGAACCUUCAUCUUCGCCCCAGAACCAGCGUACGGGUGGUAUUUGGCAUCAACGGCGAUUGGGUUGAUCAUCUCCUGGUCUUUGCAUAAUGUGAUCGCCUGGAUGAAAAACAAGGCCUUCAUGGCACGAUGGUUGUCACUCGCCUAUAUUGGGACCAUUGUCCUCGUUCAACCGUACUGGGCAGUAGAGAUUUUCGCCAACUUUGCCUACUUCAACAAUAUCGAUGCUGCUUUCUACGAGAAGAUGCGACCACUGGAAGCGCUAUUUCGUGACCCCUGGUGGAUCUUCACAACAUGUAAUAUCUUUUGGGUGAUCAAGACGCAUUAUAAUUUUGGUAUCAUUGAGCUCGUGCGUGAAUCUCCGCGAUUUGGCCUCAUGCUGGCUUCAAUGGGUCUCUCCAUUACAUUUCUCAUUCUUGAUAUCUUGAGCGUGACUGGAACGUUGCGGGUCACUGCGACUAUGGGGAUCAAUCCUUUCUGGAAGGUGGGAGUUUUCUUUCUUUUCGGAGAUGUCACCUGGACCAAAACAACAUACUGA